AUGCUGGUGGACGAGUCGCCGCAUCUUGUGCAGCUUGGGACACUCAAUUUGGCUGUCGAAGCAGGGCCAUCGAAGAAAGCCACUCAACGAUGGCUCGUUUUGGAUCUUGAAACCCUCCACUCGUUCCAAUUGUCAGAAUCUUGCAGAGAGCAGGUCGAAGCUUUGAAUAAUCUUAUUGCGAAUCCUGGAAUCAACCUACAUCUGGUCUAUAGUCAUGGAGGUGACGAAGUUAUCAUACGAGUCUCGGUCCUGCCUUCCGAUGCACCAGGAAGCACUUGGAAGCGACCGGGAGAUCGCAACGGCAAACGGAGGAGCCAGCUUCCGAAGCUAUUCCACAAUCUCAAAGAUGGAUGGAAUGGAGGUGGCGAAUGGCUUCAUGCGAGGACUGCCGAAGACAAGCAGAGAAUCAAUGAGCUCUACGCCGAAAUCCCAUCUCCGCCGGAUCCCUUCUUUGACGACUCGUCAAUCACUUGCGCUUCGGAUCGAGAGGCAUAUUACCGAUUGAUGGAACUCGACGAGCCGCGAGGCAUCAAGACAAUCAUGUACAAGUAUCAAUUUAUGGAGACCGCACCAAAAGCGUUAGUAGACCCUAUCUUCACACCUCUCAAUGAAUCUGGUCGUGAAGGCAAAUAUUUUAUCAACUUCAUCAACUGGGACAUUCAAAGACAUCCCUCACAGUACGAGCUUCCUCGUGGCGGCAUCUUGUGCGAACAGAUGGGAGUGGGCAAGACCCUCAUGUGCUUGGCACUUAUCACUGCGACUCUCCAUCAACCUGUUCGACCGCCUCGUGUGACGCUUGACGACGUCUCUCCCUUGACCUCUCACACGCUCAACACAUACCCUUUCAAGCGUUACGUGGAAGCCCGCGAAGCACUGGGAGUGGACUUGGCCAUGCCACGCUUACCAACACUGGUUGAUUUGUGUUCCAAUAUUCUUAUUGCCAAUGAUCACUCCGCUCUGCGAGCUGAGUAUGCUCCGACAACUCUAGUAUCUCGGCUGAAAGAACCGACAUUCUUCUACGAGACGCCGUUAGAGGAAGACUGUGUGAGAGGAGCCAAACGAAAAUACCUCAGCAGCUUUACUCGAACCACCGAGUUAGUGCACACCACUCUGGUCGUCGUUCCUCGGAUCCUGAUGGGACAAUGGAAAGACGAGAUCAAGAAACACAUCACAGAGGGAACUUUGUCAGUGCUGAUUGUCACUUCCAAGAUAUUGCCCACCAUUGACGAGAUGAGGAAACAUGACGUGGUCCUCAUCGACGUUAAUCGAUUCGGUCAGGAAGAGAGCAUUCGCCGCGCAAGGCUGGAAAUGGAACCCUCGGAAUUCCUGAAAGCUCGAUGGAAACGGAUCAUCCUAGAUGAAGGCCACGUUGCGGGAGAUUCUAGUCCGACAAACGCCAUGCGUCUCGCCAUGGCGAUGAGUGUGGAAAGAAGAUGGGUUGUCUCAGGGACCCCUUCUAAAAUCCUGCAGCAAGGGGGAGAAGCAGAACUUGCAUCGACUUUACCCCAUGUGCCACCAGAGGCGUCUGACGACCUCGAAUGGUCACCCCGGGAGUUAAAUGAUGUGGCACGCCUCGGAUCGAUGAUGGGAGGGUUUUUGGCCGUGGAGCCAUUCGCAUCUGAAAAAGUCUUCUCCGAACGUGUUACAUCAGCCAUUCGAGGUCGUAAUGGACCCAAAUUAGGAGCCAUCUGGCGCCUCAAGUAUCUCAUGUCGGAGCUUAUGGUAAAACAUGAGCCACGAAUCAUCGAUGCCGAGGCGAGGCUGCCCGACUCAAAAUUGACCAUUGAACUUCUUCGAUUCGAUCCCAUGCAGAAGAUCACUUACAACGUGCUGGCGGCACUCGUUGCGUCCAACGUGUAUCUUACCAAUUUCGAGGAUCAAGAUUAUUUCCUUCAUCCCAAGAAUGUAAAGUCUCUCAACACGGUCGUCCGGAAUCUUCACCUUGCAACGUUCUGGUAUUCAGCUCGCCAUAUGGGGGUCGCCAAGUCCUUGGAGCGGACGCAGUUCCAGCUCGAGAACAAUCAAAACUUGAGCGAGCAGGCGCGAAAUGCACUCAAGGAAGUGGUGGCGCAUUUUGAGAUCGCACUGAGUCACCCUGGUUGGACGGAAUGGAUGGAGCACGCUGUGUCUGCAGCUUACAACGUCUACGCAGAUGUCCCCCUAGCCGUCCGAGAGGAUUGGUCCGACAGUACGAGCUUCAAUCCGAAUCUCAUCGCUGCGGAUUCGCUCAAAGCGCUGCGUAAUUUGAAUCGACCCGGUGUUUCCAUGACUCGACUUCAGAUUGCCGGUGAGAGCCACCGGGCCCACAAGGCUGUAGCUGCACAAGCAGAGGACGAGCAGGAUGAUAAGCCGGCAAAGUCCAAAAAGCCAACGAGCUCCUCCAAGAAAGGGGCAGCCCAUGCUCCUCGAGACGAGGCGACGCAAAGCGCGGCGCACGGUCCAACUGCUGUCCCAAAAGAAAUCAUGAGCAAGCGAAAAAGUCCAAAAAAGUCCAAUGUCGAUGAUAACCUUCUCCUACUCCAACUAGAGGAGGCGGAGAUGAACGCUGAUCGAGACGCAAAUUUGGACGAUCUUCCGAUGCCAAUGCCACCCGUCAUACGGACUCAGAGCCGGUCGACAAAGCUCAAUUUCGUUAUCAACGAGGUUCUGAAAUCCCCCACUGACAAAUUCGUCAUUUUUGGGGACGUGUACGAGCUUGCCCAUUUGACAGAGGCACUCGAUCUAGUCGACGUGGAAUCGUGCUUCGUGGGAACUGCUGUCUCGGUUGUAGGACGUGAGGAGGCUCUUCGCAAGUUCCAAGAGCCUGCCGUUAGGGUCUGCUUAUUGGACUUGAAGGUCGGAGCUCGUGGACUUAAUCUGGUUGCAGCCAAUCGAUUGAUACUGCUCGCCCCAGUGUGGAGUCUCGACAUCCAGGCUCAAGCUAUCAAGCGCAUCCAUCGAAUUGGGCAAACAAGGGGGACUUGGGUACAGAUCCUUGUCAUGCAGGGAACGUUUGAAGAGGAGAUCGCCAAGCGAUCGUCAAGCAUUCGCACAGAGAAGGAUGAGAAAAUUUAUUCCCGAGCCAUGAUCGAGAAUCCUCGAUUUGUCUACCUAGAUCAUGAGGGGGACAUCUCCUUCCCUGUUCGUUUCACGCCGGAUGUGCAGACACAGGCAGGAGGGCAAGGACGAGCAAGAGCCACCAGCCCAGAUGUCAUCACACCAGAUAGCGCUCUGCCCAUUACUCCAGUCGGUCGACGCCUCGAUACAGUUCGGCUGUCUACUUCUCCCUCUCCUCGUAAUGCGUCCGGAAAGCAUGCCCCGCCUAUUCUCAAGCGCAAAGCUGGAGGGAGUGAGGGGGACAAUGGAGGGAAGAAGAAGUCCAGAGUCGCUUUCGUGUGA